AUGAAGCCUGACACCCGCAACAUCUUGGCUCUGGGGACGGUCCUUCUGGGAGUAGCAGAGGCAGCGACAUGCGACUUGACGAAUAACUUCGCGGAGCCAGUACUUGCGAAAGGGUGGGAACACAAGCUCAUCGCAAAGGGCCUCACGAAGCCGAGAAGCAUUCUGUUUGAUAGUGAGGGAAACCUUUUGGUUAUCCAGCAGGGAGCGGGGUUGAUCCACCUUGCCUUCGAUGAUGGAGGCAGCACUUGCUUGGAUGUAGCUAUGAAAACGUUCCUGAUCAAUUCUACUGAUCUAAACCAUGGCCUCGCGCUCUCGAACGACGGCAAAACUCUCUAUGCCUCCUCAUCUGAAGCAGUAUUCUCGUGGACCUACGAUGCUGCCGCAGGAACCGUCGGUGACACCAAAACCACAUUGAUAAUUGGCAUGGAUAACGACGACCACACAACUCGCACACUUCUCAUGUCACAGAAAGAACCUGGCACACUGAUCGUCAGCAGAGGCAGCAGCUCGAACCUCGACUUCUCUGCCGAGAGUCUGGACAGCGGACAUUCCCAACUCAAAGCCUUCGACCUCACCGCACUCAAAUCUGAUUCCGACCCUUACAACUUCAACACCGCUGGUCGCCUCCUUGGCUGGGGUCUGCGCAACUCAGUUGGUAUCGCAGAAGAGCCUCUUACAGGUGGUAUCUACUCUGUUGAGAACUCCGUCGACCAACUCGAGCGCAACGAUGUUGAUAUCCACCAGUCCAACCCAGGCGAAGAAGUCAACUUCCACGGCUUCCUCAACGGAUCGACUGAGAAUCAGGGAGGGAAUUACGGAUACCCAUUGUGCUACGCGUUGUGGAAUACCAGUAUCCCGAACGCGGAUAACUUGACUGUUGGCUCGCAGUUCACCAGUGAGCAGAAUGCGACUGUUGAUAAUAACUUCUGUGCGGAGGAGAGAGUGCCACCACGCUUGACAUUCGAGGCGCAUGUUGCGCCGCUUGAUAUCAUCUUUUUGCCCAAUGGGACGAAGGCUUAUGUUUCGUUCCAUGGUAGUUGGGAUCGCACCCUCCCAGCCGGCUACAAAGUAGUCUCCUUGGACUUCUCGAACGGCUCUCCCGUCGCUGAAAGCACAAGCAUGACUGCUGCUCAAGACAUAUUCGCAAACCCAGACACAACCGCCUGUCCAGGCAGCUGUUUCCGGCCCGUCGGUCUUGCGCUUGAUGGAAAGGGACGGCUGUUCGUAUCGUCGGAUUCGUCAGGGGAGUUGUAUGUUCUUGCGAAGACUGGAGAGGGGAGUGAUAGCCCUACAGCAACGAGUCCUGCACCUGCGGCAACGAGUUCGAAGGAAAGUAGUGCGGCGAGAAAUGGUGUGGUUAGUGCGUUGGUGUUGGCUGGGGCAGGUGUCUUUGCUUUGGCGAUGCUGUAG